UCGAGACAGGACCGGACAGAUUCCCGCGGACCUAUAUAAGUGACAAAUGUUCACGUUUAUAGACCAUCAAUGGUAUUAAAGGCGGUUUUUAUAAUGUGUGUGAUAUGAGAGACUUGAGGUCGCGCGCACCGGCUAAUUCGAAGUCACAUCACCGCGAUUUAUCAGUUGUUAUUUUUAUAUUAAUUUAGAGAUUGAAGAGAAGGUGAACGAUUGAGACCAAGAGAGGGAGGGAGGGAGACGUUGUUACGGAUCAAUCACAGAGAUGGAUCCGGAGACAGCAGCAAACUUCACCGUGGAAAACGUGGAGAAGGCCCUGCAUCAGCUCUAUUAUGAUCUCAACAUUGAGAAUAAGAAUCUGGCUCAGAAGUGGCUCAUGCAGGCUCAGGUGUCUCCUCAGGCCUGGCAGUUCUGCUGGGUUUUACUGAGACCAGAGAAGGUCCCAGAGGUCCAAUACUUCGGCGCCAGUGCCCUUCACACCAAAAUUUCACGCUACUGGGGCGACAUCCCUGCCGAGCAGUACGACUCGCUCAAAUCCCAGCUGUUUUCUCAUAUCGCUUUCUUCGCCUCUGGCUCCAAGAUCGUCUUGACGCGCCUGUGCGUGGCACUGGCGUCGUUUGCCCUCAAUAUGAUGCCAGAGGCAUGGCCGGAGGCGGUGUCAGAGAUGGUGCGCAUGUUCCAGGAAGACGGAGGCGAGGUGGAUGGGCGUGCCCGCUGUUUGGCCCUGUUAGAACUUCUUACAGUUCUCCCAGAAGAGUUCCAGACCAGCCGGCUGCCGCAAUACCGGAAGGGACAGGUGAGGGGUGCUCUGAGCCGCGAGUGGACAAGCGUUUACCCGCUCCUACAGCAGCUGUUACGGCAGCCGGACUCGCCAGUGUUGGUCAAGGCCCGUGUGCUCAAGUGUCUGUCCAGUUGGGUUCUGCUGGACAUUCCUCUGAACGAGAGCGAGGGAUUGGUGGAGGCCAGUUUCACGGCGUUGACGGAUCCAGAACUGUUUGAUACGGCCGUGGAGGCCAUCGUCAACACCAUCUCGCAGCCCGACUCACAGAGAUAUGUGAAUACAUUGCUAAAGAUGGUGCCGCAGGUUCUACAGCUGCAGGAACAGUUGCAAGAUGCCGUACAGAACGGAGACAUGGAGAUGUCACACGGCAUCUGUCGAAUCGCCGUCUCUCUGGGAGAGAACCAUUCGAGAGCUCUGUUGGAGCAGGUGGAGCACUGGCAGAGUUUCCUGGCAUUGGUGAACAUGAUCAUGUUCUGUACGGGCAUCCCUGGGCACUACCCCGUCCAUGAGACCACUAGCUCUCUCACACUCACCUUCUGGUAUACACUACAGGAUGACAUCAUGUCAUUUGAGGCAGAGAAGCAGGCCGUGUAUCUGCAGGUCUACAGGCCCGUGUAUUUCCAGCUUGUAGAUGUUCUGCUUCAUAAAGCUCGGUUCCCUACAGAUGAGGAGUACGCUUCCUGGUCAUCAGAUGAGAAAGAGCAGUUCAGAAUUUACAGGGUGGACAUUUCAGACACACUUAUGUACGUCUAUGAGAUGUUGGGAGCAGAAUUACUCAGUAACCUGUACGACAAACUGGGACGACUCCUUACCAACACAGACCACACGACAUCAUGGCAGCAUACAGAAGCACUGUUGUACGGUUUCCAGUCCAUCGCAGAAACGAUAGAUGUGAACUAUUCCGAUGUCAUUCCUGGUCUGAUCGGCCUCAUCCCAAGAAUCAGUAUCAACAACGUCCAGCUAGCCGACACAGUCAUGUUCACUAUCGGAGCGUUGGCGGAGUGGUUGGCGGAUCAUCCGGUGAUGUUGAGCAGUGUUCUGCCGCUGGUUCUGCAGGCGUUGGGAAAUCCAGACCUGUCCGUUUCCAGCAUCUCCACACUAAAGAAGAUCUGCAGAGAAUGCAAAUAUGACCUGCCCCCGUACGCCACCAAUAUAGUCGCUGUGUCACAGGAAGUGCUUAUCAAACAGAUCCAUAAGACGAGUCAGUGUAUGUGGUUGAUGCAGGCUCUGGGUUUUCUGUUGUCGGCAUUACCGGUGGAAGAGAUCUUGAGGAACCUUCACUCUCUGAUCACCCCUUACAUUCAGCAACUGGAGAAACUAGCAGGGGAGACGCCAAACCCCUCGAAUAAACUGGCCAUUAUCCACAUCCUGGGUCUUCUGUCCAAUCUCUUCACCACGCUGGACAUCACCAAACAGGAGGAGGAGUCUGGAGAGAACGCACUGCCCAUAAAAUCAACCUUGCCUCAAACGGGGCCCAACCCUGUGGUCGUGGUGCUACAGCAGGUGUUUGCUCUGAUACAGAUGGUACUCGGUAAAUGGCUCAAUGACUCACAGGUGGUAGAGGCAGUGUGUGCUAUCUUUGAGAAGUCAGUGAGAACUCUUCUGCAUGAAUUUGCCCCCAUGGUAUCUCAGCUAAGUGAGAUGCUGGGGCAGAUGUACAGUACCAUACCACAGGCGUCUGCGCUGGACUUGACACGUCAGAUGGUGCACAUAUUUGCCAGUGAAACUGAUCAUUUUCCUCCAAUCAAAGCACUGUUUGAACUGGUCACUUCUGUUACACUGACCAUCUUCCAGCAAGGGCCCAGGGAUCAUCCUGAUAUUGUUGAUUCAUUUAUGCAACUCCAAGCUCAGGCCCUCAAACGGAAGCCCGAUUUAUUUUUAUCAGAGAGUCUUGAUGUGAAAGCGGUUUUCCACUGUGGAGUGCUGUCACUUAAAUUUCCAGAAGCUCCCACUGUCAAAUCUACCUGCCUUUUCUUUACGGAACUAAUAGCGCACUGCGCAGACAUUCCUCCUGUCGGUCAGGUGGUGCAGGAAGACGGUAAACUCCUCCUGCUGGCCGUUCUGGAGGCUAUUGGAGGUCAGUCAUCCCGUGGUCUGAUGGAUCAGUUUGCAGAGGUGUUGUUUUGUCUGAAUAAACACUGUUUCGCUCUGCUGACGGUGUGGUUGAAAGAAGCUCUUCACUCUCCAGGCUUCCCGUCCUCACGGGUCUCAGAUGAGCAGAAAAACACUUUCAGCCAACAGGUGCUGAGGGAGCGAGUAAACAAGCGUCGAGUGAAGGAUAUCGUGAAGGAGUUCACACUGGUGUGCCGCGGACUUCACGGAACUGAGUACGCCGCUGACUACUAAACCACGCUCGGACACGAAGUCUAAGGCAACCCAAAACUAGAACUCCCAGAAGCCCUCACUGCAACACAACAGACGUGAACGAUUCAGUGUCAGAACUGCCACAAAGAGGCUUGUGCAGCGACAGGCCUCGCAAUCAUCCUUUAGCUCAUCCUCGAUCUCUCUUGCUGUCACUGGAUUGUUUGGGAGUUUUGAGGUUUCUAUGCGGCGAUCUGAAGAGCAGACAUCUCUCCUCCUCCUCCCCCCACCCCCCCGCUGCAUCUCAUGGCAUGUUCACUGUAAACGUUCUUCUAUUCUCCCAUUUUCAAGAUCUUCCGUGGCUCUUUCUCACUGUUUCCUGUAAUUCAUUCGAACCAAGAAAUAGUGUUAGUUAAAUAUUUUAUUUGUUAUUUUGGAGAUACUGAAAUAAAGAAGCAUAUAUAUAUAUAUUAGAUAACAUAUUUAAGCAAAUGUAAUAGUCUAGUGAACUGUGUGUGGGUUGUGCUGCUAACAGAGAGAGGAAGCAUUGCAGGCUGAUGUCUCUGUGGCUUUAUGUCUAGAUCUCUAUCACCCUAAUUGCCAAAAUAUUGUGAAUGUUUUUAAUGAAAUGGCUGAUUGUUUUUGAUUAUAUAAGGUCAGCAGCAUAUUUGGGGACUUAUAAAAACAGUAAACAAUGAAUGGGUGAGAGAAAAAUACACCAUACACUGCUCAUUUUCAUAUAAUGUAAGUGAAUGGUGACUGAGGCUGUUAAGAGCCAAAGUGACAAAAAAAAGCACCAUAAAAGUAGUUCAUAUGACUCGUAGUCCAAGUCUUCUGAAGCUAUGCGAUCGUUUUACGUGAGGAAAAGACCAAAAUUUGUCAUUAUUCACUGAAAAUCGUCUGCGAGUAAAGUGAAGGGGAAGAUUUUCAAUGGAUAACGACUUAAAUUUUCAUCUUUUCCUCACUCAAAGUAGUUAUAGGGCUUUAGAAAACGUUCAUUAUUGCACAUUAAGUGUGUAGACUAUUUUUAUUAUGCUACUUUUAUGGAUUUUGGAGCUUGACAGCUCCAGUCCCCAUUCACUUUCAUUAUAUGGAAAAGAGCGGUCUGGAAAUUCUUCAAAAAUUCAGCUUUUGUGUUCAACAGAGGACAGUCCUACAGGUUCGGAAUGGCAAGAAAGUGAGUACAGUAAACGAUGACAGAAUUAAAAUUUUUGGGCGAGCUGUCACUUUAACGUUUUUGGCAAAUUGCCCCAGCAGUAGCUCUGUGAAUGGUUGGGUGUCCAGGCAUCUGUUUGUGCAUUAAUGCUUGUUCAAAACAGGUCCAGCAGUCUUCUGAGUGCACUUUAACCACAAAUCCAUUUAAAAUCCAGCAUGGCUGUUCCCUCUCUAUCUCGUUUGCCCCUGGCUGCUGCCUGUCCACAUGUAGCAUGUGUGUUGCGUUACAUACAGGCCCAGAAUUUGUCAGAUAAUCAGUGGAUGAGGGCUGUUCUGUCCUGUUAUUUACUAGUGAGUUACAGAGGAAGAGCAAACAAAGGGAGAGACAGAGAUGUGCAAUGUACAUUUAGAUUGUUUUCUUGUUUUGUACCCUGUUUUAAUUUAUUAAACACAUCUAAGAUGGCAGAACCUGUGGUCUCUGUGUUUAAAUGUUGGUUUGAAAUUCAAUCAGUAUGAACAAUUUUCUGUAUCCAUGAAAUCAGUGCUGAAAUGCUGCAAUAUAUUUGUUGAGUUGGGGAUGACGGGUGGUUGCUGCACUUCAUCUGGACCAGCAGAGUUCUCUACAGCUCUGGAGAAGCUUCACUUGGUUUCAAUAAGAUCUGG